AUGGGAGGUGGAGCCGACAAGAGGGCUACGGGGAAUUCCUUCCUCGGAGCGACCACCACGUGCUCGCCGGAAGCAGCGAAUGAGGUCGACUUCGUCUACGGCCUCCCUCCCGGUAGCGCGACCGGCGGCUGUGUUGUCCAGAGGUCGUUCGAGGACGAUCUCCGCGCUGGUCCCGGCGUCGCUUCGGUAAACGUGCACGUUGCCUCGGACCCGGCGUCCGCGAAACGCGUAUUCGAGCUGCUAAGGCGGCAAGGAGAACUGGAGGAGAGGGGUGUCGGGUCGCCCUCGCGAGUCCUUAUCAUCGACGGCAUUGCUCUCCUCUUCUUGCGGGAUCGGCUGCACGAGCUGGUGGGGGGGCGUGGGGGGCCGUGGAAUAUUGUGGCCGGGUUUAUCCACUGCCCUUUCAGCGAGCCUUUCUACCGCGAGGAACCUUGGCUUAGAGUCGCGCUUCCCGAGCGCAUGCUCCAGGACGAGAGCGGCGCGGGUAUCCGCGCGGAGGAGCGUCGACUCUUCGGCCUGUUGGACAAGGUCAUCGCCGUAGGAGCGCCCUGCCGCACCCUCUUGACGGCCGACUACGGCGUGCGGGAAGAAGCUAUCGUCGUCGUCGAGCCCACGUUUACCGCUGUGGCACCGAACGUCGCUGUGGCCGCUUCUGCUCCCGCCGCAGCCGCCGCCGCUGCUGCCAUCGAAGCGGGUGUCGUGCCUCCAGCCGCUUCGGUUGACGUCUCGAACGAGCGUCCUCCAAGGUUCGUGUCAGUCGGCACCCUGUGCCCUCGGAAGGGCCAGCUCGGUCUUAUCGCCGCCCUCAGGGCCGCCUGCGCCUCACAGCCGAUAAAACUAGGCGGCUCCGUGCUCACGCUCAUCGGCGGCGAGGGGGCCGAUCCCUCCUACGCCGAGGCCGUCAGGGCGGCGGCGGCAACCGCCGGGGCCGGCGAUGAGAGUAGAGGAGGCGCCAAAGUAGAAGGACCGGGACGGUUGGAGGUGCGGCUGCUAGGGCCCUUGCCGCGGGAGGAGACCCUCGAGCACGUGGGCGCGAGCGACGCCUUCUUGUUGAACUCCUGUUCCGAGAGCUGGGCCGUGGCCCCGGUAGAAGCGGCCCUGCGCGGGGUGCCGGUGCUCUCCACGCGGGUCGGUUGGUUGGCUCAGUCUUUACCCGCCGAGUCGACUAUAUGGGUUGGUUCGGGCCGGGAGGGGCGAGGACCUGAUUCCGACGGCGGCGGGGGUAUCGUCGCCGGUGGCGACGGGGUCGGGCUUGCGUCGGCGACCGAGUGGGGACAAGCGCUUCUCCGGUUUGCGCACGCCCGGCAGCGGUUGAGAAUCGAGGCGGAGCGUGCGGUGCCGGGCCUCGCUGAGCGGUUCUGCCGAGCGGUGGCGGCGGACACGCGAGGCCAAGCCGUCCGGACUCUCAUGGAAACAACGACGGGGACAAGAUGCACCCGUGCUUCUUGCGGCCGUUCUAAUCUCCUAGGGGGAUUUGAGCUGUCGAACGGACCUACUGAUCCUUCGACCACCACCAUUCCAGCCGUCACAGAUCAAGAGCGGGUGAGAAGGGCCACAGUGAACAACGCGCUCGCUUGCGUGUGCGCGACCUGCGUCUCGAUCAGCGGCGCCGGCGGCGCGGCGGUAGGCCUCGCGGCCCUGGUCGCUGCGCAGUGCCUACUGCUUGUCGGGCUGGCCCCGCCUUGCUCGCCGGCAAACCUCGUCACCGUUUUUCGGAGCUUCAUUCCGCCGGCGGUGGUGUGGUUCAUGGCUGGGUCGGAUUUCGGCCAGGUGUCGAUGGCUGACGUGACUGUCUUCGGAGUGCUUUUCGUGCUGCUCGACGUGGCGGACGGUAUCCUGGCGCGGCGAUCGAAGUCUGGGCCCACGCGCGUCGGAGCGGCUCUUGAUGUCGAGAGCGAUUCCAUCGCCGUGCUGUUCCUGAGCCUUGCGGCUAGCCAGAAGGCGUGGCGUGGGGGGUUUAUCGCAGGCGUCCUCCGGUACCUCUUUGUGUUGGCUACCGACGCUCGCGAGCUCCCGCCCUCGCCCAUUGGCCCCGCCGGGCGGUGGGUCGCCAAAAUCGCCGCUCUUGCUAGCGUUGCUGCUCUUGCGGCCUCCGUCGGAAACGGCGCCUUAAGGAACGGCGGCGGUGGCGGGGAUGCCGACACGGCGGUGUUUGAGCGAACCGGAGGGAGGGGUUGGUGGGUGCGGGGCGGGGCGGAGGGUUCUUCCCCUUUGCUGUGCGCGGUCGGAGUGGCCGUGUUGUGCGCGUCAUUUUCGAUCGACUUCUUUCAGAUUUGGGUCCUGUUGCCGCGCGAGGAGGCGGCGGCAGCGGCGGCGGCGGCAGCGAGCGCGGUCACGAAUGAAACCGUCGGGAAUGGCAGCGUCCUCGGCGGGGCGGACGAGACCCCUUCGACCAAGGCGAUCGCCGCCGUCGGCGAGGAGGGGGCGGGGAGGGAGGGCGCCAGCAAGAACGCCCUCAGCAACAUAACGGCGGCGAUAUAUGCCGCCGAAGGGAGCGCACCUAGCCACGGCUAACGGAGAUGGGACCCCUAAAGAUCGGUGGGCUGUGCGUGCCGACCGGCAAGCGCUCGGGUUCUGCGACGGGCAUAAUCGAAACGUCGAAUCGCUGCGACAAAGGAGGACGGUGGGGGCUCCGGAAAAACGGCAGCGGCGAUACCGAGCGUAGCUUUGUUUAUUAAAUUUGUUUGUGCAGGGGCGCGGCAGGUUGCGUUGCGAGUGGACAAGGGCAUGUCUUCGAUCUCUUCAUCAUGUGAAGUGAUUCCGUUUAGGCCCUUGUGUGCCCUCGUUGCCCCCCACAGGCAUAGGCAGAUAGAGAGUAUUGUUUCGCCUUCUGUCAGUUGAUAGUAUAGGGCCAAGUUGACGUGUUGUAGUGCCCGCCGUCACCCAGCUGCUUGAAACUUCUGGUGGCGUCAAGGACGCCAAGACAAGUGAUUGGCGGUUGUCGUCAUCAUCUGAUAUGGCGGACGGCACGGAUGUAAUUUAUUGUCUCAGCAGUGUUGUUCUGUCAUUAGCGCGUACGGGAUAGGGAUAGUCGCAGGCGUGGCGAGCCGACCACAAAAAAAAUGGUAACUAGCGUAGCGCCUGUAUCUGUUUGCGGGACGGUGCAGGUGGUGCAAGGUCUCGUUGCUUGGUUGAGUGGAUCGCGCACAUGCGCGUUACUUUUGGCAAAGAUUGUGGUCUUUCUUUCGGAAGAAUCAACGUGACAGCCGACAAGCGCGUCACAGGACAGCGGGGUGUAAUUUACGUUCUGGCACUAC